CACUUUCACUGCCUUAUGUUGGUAUUACAGGUCAAAUUUUGUCUAUUUUUGGAUGUAAACAAAAACAAGGGGCGGAAACAGAAUAAUGAAAAUAAAAAUAAGAAAAUUAUUUCCACAAUAAAUCCGAAUAAAUCGGCCUUUGUGUGUGUGUGUGACGUUCAUUGAGAACACGAACCCUGAAAUAAAUAAAUGGUGAAAUUUGCUGAUGCGUUUCCGGAUAUUCUAAAUAUAAAUUGGUAAAUGAACAAUAAAGCUUUGGCGCUUUUGGCACAGUUUUUCAGGAGCCACUAUGAGACUACCAAGAGAAAUUUUGGAGAAAAUUUUCCUCUAUUGUGAUGGCAUAACCCUAUUGUAUGCUCGAAUAUCUUGUGAAGAGUUAAGGGAUAUAGUUGAUUAUUUAUCACAGAAGACUCGCAUCUGGGAAUGGUGCUGCAAUGAAGAAAUACCAUCUGAAGAACUGGUUGAUUAUUUUCCCACCUAUCAUAAGCUGGGUACAGAAAAAUGGAUGAAAAUGUACAUUCAUUGGUAUUCUUGGCACAGCAACAGUAACUGUUUCCUUGACCCAGUUCCUUGCCCUAAUGAGUUCCAGCUUAAGAGGAUUUCUUGUAUUGCCGUCUCAAGUCAUCAUAUUGCAAUUGGUUCAGAAGAUGGUAGAGUUAAACUAUUUACCCGUAACUGGAACCCAGUGUUUGAACAUAGAGUCGUAGCUGUAAAAUUAACUAAAAUAUCGUUUAUAGGAUAUAAUGAUUAUAAUGAUGUAAACUUUCUUGACAUCGGUUUAUUGGUGGCGUUUCCCAAAGGACUAAGCAUAUUAUCUUUUAAUGGAGUUAGGAAAUAUCAGUAUGAUAUUUUGGAUAUUAUAUCUCAUAGCGUAUUUGGAAACCAUAUCUGCAUAGAAAAAAUUGGAGGUCGAAUGUCUAUUGUAAAAAUUACUAAGCAGUAUGACUUCAAGGAAAUUUGGUUUACUAGAGUCUACUCUCCUCAUUGUAUAACUGCUUAUCAAAUGUGGAACGGAAAGUGUACUUUCCUUAUAAACGACAGUGUUAUGAGUUUGAAUUAUAGCAAACCCACGCUGACUCCCAUGGAGCAAAUGGAAAAAUUAAUGGAAGUAAAGUUCGUCUCGACAUUGAUGUUAGACAGCAGAACGACCCAGAUAUUCAGGGAUGAUGUUAUCAUUAAUAUAUAUAAAAAUGCGGAUAAAUCAAAAAGACUUUUAGACAUAGAGGAUUAUGUGGAAAUCAUUAUUUUGGGAAAAGAUAACCAAUAUAGUAAAAAAAUAUAUAAUAUGUGGGAUAUAUUCAGGUGUAGAAUCACCUGUAUUUAUUUAUACGGCAACAGUUUGCUCAUUGGGACUGAUAUUGGAGUAGUAUAUUUCUAUUCCUUAAGUAAGUGGAAAAAUUUUGACAUGAAGAAUUACACCGAAAAACAAAUAAUCGGAAAACAUCCGAUAAUAUGUAUUACCGCUAUAGUAACCGGAAACGACCGUGAUUUUUACAUUUGUUCUCGAUUCGCCAUUCACAAAGUUGUCGGAUGGACGCCUUGUUCAUCUAAACCAAACAUUUUUGCUGUUCCUUUUAAGUAAUUUAAUAUUAUACUUUUUUUUUAAUUAAGUAUAAGUUUGUUGUAGCUUUAGUAUAAGUAGCACGAUAGAUAAACUAUCAGACUGCUGGCCUAUAUAGCCAUUUUAUAAUUAAAUUAUAAUUUCAUGUGAUAUGAAAGUAUAUAUUUAGAAAAAAAAACUUUGCCCAAAGAGUCGUUUAAAAUUAGUUUAAAUUUUUUAUAAUUUAUCGUUAAUGGUAGUAUUGUAACUAAAGAUCAUUUGAUGAUGAUCAUGUUUUCAAAAAAAUCCUGAAAUCAAAUGACUAAACCUAUUUAGUCAUUUUGAUGUUCAGUUAAACGUAUUUUUAAUUUUAAACAUAUAUUUAAAAUCUUAAUUAAAAUUAUUUUUUAAAUUAAAAAGCAACUUAAAAAUAUUAUUUGUCUGAAAAAAGAAAAAUUGUGUUAGGCUGUAUUAGUUUA